AUGACGUCACUGUCUCUUGUUCCCAAACCCUUCGUUCCUUUCCUCUCCUUCCGGUGUCACUCAGUGACUCGUCUAAGGUCCGUCGCUACUCGAACCAUGAGCUCACAAUCUAGUCAACGCGUCUUCCAGCUCAGGCAAGACCCUCUCACCGGCAAUUCUGAGUGGAUUGUCAUCGAAGAGAAUGACCAGACCGGAGCUCCAGAAACUUCGCCGGACGGCCUCCUCGCGACGACAUCAUAUCUCGACAUGCUCAACGAUUCGUAUCGCAACAGAGCUUUCCGUCUUGCAAUCGAGAAAACCAUCACCGAACCUUGCCACGUCCUUGACAUUGGUGCUGGAACUGGGUUGCUAUCGAUGAUGGCUGCGAGAGCAAUGAGAAUAGAAGAGUCCGGUGAUGUUUCAAAGGGAAUUGUGACGGCGUGUGAGUCUUACCUCCCGAUGGUUAAGCUUAUGAGGAAGGUUUUGCAUAAGAACGGGAUGACGAAGAACAUUAACCUUAUCAACAAACGAUCUGAUGAACUGAAAGUUGGGUCAGACAUGGCUUCCCGAGCUGACGUUCUUGUCAGCGAAAUAUUGGACUCUGAGUUACUUGGUGAAGGUCUUAUCCCAAGUUUGCAACAUGCUCAUGACAUGUUACUGGUCGAUAAUCCCAAAACAGUGCCUUACCGAGCUACUACGUAUUGCCAGCUUGUAGAAAGUACAUUCUUAUGUAACAUGCAUGAUCUAGAAAAUAACGAUGGCCCUGGGUUGGAGAGUCUGAUUGGCAUCAAGUCACAACAAUAUGGCAUGCAUGUCGAUGCUAUUGAGAAAGAGAUCAAGCUGUUGUCAGAGCCCGUCAAAAUAUUUGAAUUUGAGUUUUGGAAACGGCCAGAGAGUAAUGGAGAGCUUGAAGUGCACAUAGAAGCAAUAACCGAGGGUAGUAUUCAUGCUAUAAUUUCAUGGUGGGUGCUGCAGCUUGAUAGUGAAGGAACAAUCUUCUACUCUACUGCUCCCAGAUGGAUAGAUUCAAAUUCUGAGAUAGGUUUAAGAGACUGGUGUGACCACUGGAAACAGUGUGUUUGGUUUACUCCAGGAGCAGGUGUGUCUAUAUCCGAAGGAGAAAAAGUUCAUUUGCAUGCUGCUCAUACUUGUACUAACAUCUUGUAUAAUCUGAAGAAGACUCAAAGCGUGACACAUGAGAUGACACAGUCUCCUUUAAGUACUGGAGAUCUGCACCUCACAUUACCACCCGAAAGAAUCGCAAUAUAUGGUGACAGUACAUAUAGGCAGUUCAUGUUGGAGGCCACAAGAAACGCUUUACAGGGAAAAUCUCAUACACAAUGUCUCGUCAUUGAUGACAGUCUUCUUUUACCACUUAUGACUCUACAUAUCUCCAAUAGAUCGCGUGUACUAUCACUGUCACCUGGGCUGAAAGAGGAUGGUGCCAGAUACUUGGAAGCCAUUGCUGAUGCAAAUGGCUUUUCAAAAGAUCGUUUCGAAUAUUUCAGAGAAGGGAAGGCAAAGUUGGCGGAGGCGUAUCCAGGCGAGAUUGAUCUGCUGAUUGGAGAACCGUAUUACUACGGACUUGAAAGUGGGCUUCCGUGGCAGAAUCUCAGAUUCUGGAAGGACAGAACUCUACUUGACUCUGUCCUGUCAGAAGAUGCAGUGGUAAUGCCGUAUAAAGGAGUUUUGAGAGGUUGUGCAAUGUAUCUUCCUGAUCUCUGGAAGAGUCGUUGUUGCCUUGGGAGUGUCGAAGGGUUUGACCAUGCUCUGGUGAAUACAACCUUAGGCGGAUGUGGUGAUCUACCUGCUGGUAAAGGAAGUCCUUGUUUGCCCUUCUUUAUCUGGCAAUGUGGAGAGACAAAGAGACUUAGCAAGAAGUUCACAGUCAUGGAGUUUGACUUCUCCAAGCCCAUCACAGGUCCAUGUUCUGGGGAUGAACAGAUUGAGUUACUCAAACCCAGUGUAUGCCAUGGAAUUGUAUUGUGGAUGGAUUGGGUGAUGGACAAAGAAAACUCAACCGUGAUCUCAACAGGACCGGAUGAAAGAUAUUGGAAGCAAGGAGUGAAGCUACUUGAAAAGCCACUCACAGUGAGAGAGGACGGUCUCUCAUCCAUAAGGAUCCAAGCUUCCUUAGAUCCAUCUUCAAACGGCGAGCUCAUCAUCACACAUACUCUCUCUUGACUAUUUUCAUCGCACCAUUUUCAAUUUAUGUCUCAAUAGGUCCUCUAAUCGUGUUCGAAUCUUUCUCACUACAAAAUGACUUGAGAGUUGAGACCUAAAUUUUCUUUCUCUUCAACGAGGCGUAAGCUUAUUAGAAAGUAGAAGCUUUAGUAAAUUUAAUUUUUUGUGAUGUACAACUUGUAAGUACAUUCUCCUUCAUUGAUGAUUAG